AUGAAAGGCGAGGAGGACUUGUCGUCCCAAAAUGUGGUGCGGGGCUCGCCCAAGCGGAGCCCCGUACGGUUGGCACGGUUGAAGAUGCUUCAAUGUGCCAUUAACACCCGCAACUGCGACGUCCGAGAUCUUACGGAUCAAGUUCCCAGUGCACGAUCCGAAAGACGAAUCAACCGACUUGAAGGACCUCAAGACGAAAUGCUGGAGACCAUGGGACCAUUGGGCGGACUAAUGGGUCCUGUUUCAAGAGGUGAACCACCACGAAAGCAGAGGAAGUUGUUGCAGGCGUCGUAUCGACCCGGUGAGAAGGUAGCGGCGAGUGUCGAGGACCGGGGAUACUACCGACUAAGCGACCGAAUCGGAGCGUACUACACGCAGUCAGCUCGAACUCUUACGCUCGAAAGGAUCUCCAGCUUUACAAAACGAGAAGCUCAUACACCAGUGAGUUUAACAAAGUCAUCAUUACGUUCAUCUUCGACAAGACCUAUGGCAAUGUGUCCGGCACUUACAUCUCCUUCCAAAUCCCAAUCGUCUUUUCGUUUUACGCAAGAAGAAACUUCUGUUUCACCUCGAGAAGAACGAUCAGAUAACACUGAAAAUGAAGAGCUUAGUGUGUUUGUCGAUGGAUCCAGAGCAUAUGCCCGACACGUGGAAAACAGUCAAGGUAUCUUCCGUUCUCCAUCACCUACAAAACCUUCUCUUCGAAGCCCCAAGUCGCGAUCAAAGUUUUCUAUUCAUGUUCAUGAAAAGACGAGUAAGACAUUGCUAGAGCCUGUACAGGCUACUCCUCGAACGUUUGAACUGGAGAAGCGACGCUACGUCAAGACUAUGGAAGCUUAUUGGAAGCAAGUGGACUUGUAUCUCGCUGCAGCGAGAACAGUACCGAUGGCGUCUGAGCGUCCUCAUCGCAUUCUUAGACGCUUGCAAGUCCCUCCUCCAACUGGACUGGAUGCUCUAGGUUUACAGGAAUUUGAUGAGCGAAGUGAAGCAAUGAUCGCCGAUAUCUUCCAGGAGGUCUAUGCUGAAUACUACGAGACUGUAGCGCGUAGUAUGCUGUCAUACGAUCUACUCGAUGCUAACACGUGCUUGAAAAUGAACAUCUACCCCCCGUUCUUACAGGCUGAGCAGAAAUGGUGGACCGACGAGACGUACCAGUCUGAUGCUUGGCGUGUACUUCGCCAAACUGGAGUCGACAGUGAUCGAGCGGAAGUGGCCCGAAGUCGAAUCCAACAGAACUUGUUUGCUAUUAAUCCAGUGACGUUUGCUCUUCAGGAGCAGUGGAUCAUGGAAACUCCUCCACCGGAAUGGGAGAUGUCGCCAACUGGAGGAGGAGCGACUUUUUCAACCAUUCUUUUCGUUGAUGUCCAUAGUCGUGAGUUUCGAGCCACGUUACCUAAAACAGUGGACCAUUUCGUGGACGCAAUCUCUAAACGUGCGGAUCUUGUCAAGGAUUGCUUGAAAACGUGCUGGAUUACAGCAGCAGCGAAGAGAGUGAAUGAGUGUGCACUUCAAUUGCGUUACUAUAGCGUUCGGAGUGGCUCAAAUGCAGCGGAUGGUACGGUGGUUCUUGGAGUAACAGGAGCGGUGAAAGCUGCUCAGAGUAAACGUGCUUCGCCAUCUAAAUCCAAGGCUGAUCCAUCGAGAACCUCUUCAGAUCAUAACAAACUUUUACGAGAUCGAAUGGAGUUUGAAGGGCUGGUUCAGAAACCUCAAGCGAAUCGACAGAUUAGCCCAAACGUUAACCCAGAAGACCCAGAAGCGACAAUGUAUCAGAAUUUCUCUGGUGUUCUUGAUGCAGCGGCAGUCUUGAUGGCGAGAAACUUGAGAGAAUCAGUUGAAACUUCAGUGAACACUUUUGUUGGCUUUAUUCGGCGAUUCUCCUGUCCGACUUUCAAUGGUGAGUCUGCUUUGCUGCUUGCGGUGGAUUGCACUAUCACGAGCGAUGGAACCAUUCGAACGCAGGACGGCUUCUUCAUUGAACCUUCUCCUAGUGCUCUACGCGAGAAAAUCGCAUCCUGUGUGGAUAUCAUCGUGGAAUCUUCGCACAGCUUUCCUCGAAUCGACGGCCAAACGAAAAUCCCUCCCAAGCUUCGCAGCUCAGCUACUCUCGGACCGAGCACAAUGACACUGGACGAUACUUUCGUCGUGAAGGCAAAAAACAAGUUGGCAGAGCUCAUUGCUGAGCAUAUGCACGAUCCGACAGAGAUUCUUGCUCUUUUCCAGCCUUACGACUACCUCAUAAGUGGGGAAUAUGAAGCCAAACUCGAGACAUUGAUUGAAUCAAGUGACAAGUUACUGCACGGUCCAGAGCCUCCUACUGCCAGCGAUAUUCUCAUAAACUAUCGAAGUGAGCUUAAUGAGCUAAAGAACUUGGAAAUUCGUGUCAAGGACGAAAUCUUUGAUAAAUACAGCUUCAAGCUCUUAGCAAUCUCCUGCACUGAUGUCAAAGUCAAGCUCGUGAACAAGAUCAAAUCCCACGCAAACAAAAUUCUAAGUAAAGUAUCAUCAGACAACACCAAGCAGAUGAGCUCGAUGAUUGCAGAAUAUGAGCAAAUUGGAGCGAAACUCGUUACUGAGCCAUUGGAUUCUUUCGAGCUCAAAGCGUUGGACAAGUUCUAUGUCACCAGCAUUGAUCUCAUUGAUGCACUGAACACCAAACUCUACGAAGACGUGUGUCGCUGUGUCCAGUUUCUAAAAGACUUUGACUUUCAGAUGUCCCGCGAAGAGAUUCAGCUUUUCUUUAAUACCUUCCGAUGGCCAGAAAAUAUCAAAGGAUUUCAACGUAAAAGUAUGGAGCUUCAGACCAAGCGACAACAUGAAUUGGAACUGAUUGUGGAAGGCCGUCAGGAACAGCUCACCACACAGUUUUCAUCUUUACAACGUCGUAUUGAGAAGAUGCGGGAUUACGCGAAUCUCGCCGACUCAGAAAACAUUCUAAAGCGUAUCGAGGCUGGUCGAAAGUCUCUAGAAGACGCUGAGACUGAGGCCGAAUCCAUUAAAGAGCAGGAAACGAUGCUCGGCAUGAGUGUUACGAAUAACCAGACAGCAUUGACGGACCUAUACGACAUGCUUGGCCCCAUUGAGAAAUUAUGGACGACGAUUUCUCAAACGAUGGAGAAGGUGACAUUUAGUCGCGAGGCUCCGUUAGCAACCGUGAAUGCAGAAGAGAUCGAACGUGACUGUGACCAACUUCGUCGCACUAUCGUGAAGAUUAUCAAGGAAUGCGAAAAGAACACCGACGUGUACGCUGUGGCUAUCACGAUGGCCCAAGAAGUGAAGAAAACGCUGGAUGAUAUGCUAGAUAAUAUCAUUCCAUUGAUGGUAUUGCUGUGUACUCCCGGAAUCCGUGAGCGACAUUGGGAGGAAAUCGAGCGUAUCACUGGAAUUGAGGUCCAAGUUCACGAAGGAUCGAAUAUAAACCAGAUGAUAGAACUCGGUUUGCACCGACAUACGAGCGCGAUCGAAGAAACGUGUGUCAGUGCUUCGAAGGAAUACUCACUUGAGAAAGCCCUCGACAAGAUGGAGACGGAGUGGGUGGGUGUUAACUUCUCUACGAAGGAGUAUCGGUCGACAGGCACUUCCAUUCUGUGCUCGACUGAUGAAAUCCAGCAAAUUAUCGAUGACCAAAUCGUCAAGACCCAAUCCAUGCGAGGCAGUCGAUACAACAAGCCGUACUUCGAACGGAUCAGCAAGUGGGAAAAGAUGCUCAUAUGUAUACAAGACAUCAUGGAUAACUGGAUCAAGGUACAGGCAACGUGGCUGUACUUGGAGCCAAUUUUCAGCUCUGAUGAUAUCAUGCGGCAGAUGCCUGUCGAAGGUGCGCUAUUCCGAAAAGUUGACUCGAAUUGGCGCCGAAAUAUGCAAGAAACCGUGGCCUCUCCUGCUGUUUUAACGGUGGCGGAGCGCAGUGACUUGCUUCCAAGUCUGCAGCAGUCGAAUUCAGACUUGGAUACAAUCCAGAAAGGUCUGAAUGAUUAUCUGGAAACCAAGAGGCUGUACUUCCCGCGCUUCUUCUUCUUGUCGAACGACGAAUUACUUGAGAUUCUCGCUGAAACGAAGGACCCGCUACGUGUACAACCACACCUAAAGAAGGCAUUUGAUGGGAUCUCCCAGCUUGAGUUCCAGGCCAACUUGGAUAUCACUGCCAUGCUUAGUCCCGAGAUGGAAAAGGUGCCGUUCAGGUACGAGAAAAUCUCUCAAAAUCUUAUCAAUCCGAACAAUUCUGGAGGAAAUGUCGAAGUGUGGCUGGAAGAAGUUGAGAUGACUAUGAAGAAGAGUGUAGCGUUGCAUUUAGACGGAUCGAUUAUGGAUUAUCCGACAAAAGAUCGCUUGGAGUGGGUGCAACAAUGGCCAGGCCAAGUGGUGCUGGCUGUUAACCAGACAAUGUGGACGCAACACAGCGAAAAAGCACUCAACAGUUGUGCCAAAGACCCUAAUGCACUACAUGAUCACUUGGAAGUACUGAGGACUGAACUGAAGCGAACAGUUGAAAUGGUUCGUGGCGAACUACCGAAGCUUAUUCGCAUCACACUGGGAGCUCUUGUAGUCAUGGACGUGCACAACCGAGAUACAAUCGCAGAGCUGGUCGAUCUGAAAAUCACGGAUAAAAUGGACUUCGAUUGGCUUGCCCAAUUGCGAUACUACUGGAUCCAAGGCGGAGUCUCAGCGACAACUGGGAAGCCUCAUACUCUUGAAUGUCGAAUGAUCAACACGCUUGCACUCUACGCAUUCGAAUACCUCGGAAACAGUAUGCGUUUAGUGAUCACCCCGCUUACAGAUAGAUGCUACCGAACUCUAACAGGAGCUAUUCACUUGAAUCUUGGAGGUGCGCCUGAGGGUCCUGCUGGAACAGGCAAGACAGAAACGACCAAGGAUCUUGCAAAAGCGAUUGCAAUUCAGUGCGUGGUAACGAAUUGCUCAGAUGGACUCGAUUAUCUUGCAAUGGGGAAAUUUUUCAAAGGUCUCGCGAGUUCAGGCGCAUGGGCCUGUUUUGACGAGUUCAACCGUAUUCAAUUGGAGGUGCUUUCGGUUAUUGCUCAACAGAUUCUCUGUAUUCAAUUGGCCAAGGCUCAGCAUCUUACCACCUUCAUUUUUGAAGGUACAGAGCUGCGACUUAAUCCUACGUGCUGUCCUUUCAUUACGAUGAACCCUGGAUAUGCAGGACGAGCAGAACUGCCGGAUAACUUGAAAGUUUUGUUCCGUACGGUGGCGAUGAUGGUCCCAGAUUAUGCGAUGAUUGCCGAAAUUAUGCUGUAUUCUUACGGGUAUAUGGACGCAAGUGCGUUGUCCAAGAAGAUCACGACCACAUACACGCUGUGCUCGGAGCAGUUGUCCUCACAGUCUCACUAUGACUACGGAAUGAGAGCUGUUAUGGCUGUGCUUCGAGCUGCCGGCAACUUAAAGCGAGCUGAGGGCCAUUUGCGAGAAGAUACACUAGUUCUGCGAUCGAUUAUUGAUGUCAACUUGCCCAAGUUCCUGUCGCCCGAUGUGCCUUUAUUCAAUGGUAUCGUAUCCGAUCUCUUCCCUGGCGUAACGAUUGAUCCUCCUGAUCGACGGGACAUGCUCAAUUCAAUCAACCAUGUCUGCAAACAAAUGAACCUACAACCCGUCCCUAACUUUGUGGAAAAGGUGAUUCAAAUCUACGAAAUGAUGAUCGUUCGUCACGGAUUUAUGGUCGUAGGAAUGCCGUUCUCAGGCAAGACGUGUUCAUGGAGAGUGCUGUCCGAAGUAUUAGCCCAUUUGCACCAAAAAUUUCCGAAUGAUUCUCGCUAUACCAACGUUAUUGUCUCCGUGAUUAACCCGAAAUCGGUGACAAUGGGACAGCUGUAUGGCCAAUUCGAUGCCGUCUCUCACGAAUGGAAUGACGGUGUACUUGCCAUCAACUACCGGAAUCUAGCGAAUAAUCCUUCGCCGGAUCGCAAAUGGCUGAUGUUUGACGGUCCAGUUGAUGCGGUUUGGAUUGAAAACAUGAACACUGUGCUCGACGAUAACCGCAAAUUGUGCUUGAUGAGUGGAGAGAUUAUCGCUAUGAGUUCAGUUAUGAGCAUGAUGUUCGAACCCAUGGAUUUGCUGGUCGCUUCUCCUGCCACAGUUUCUCGUUGUGGUAUGAUUUACAUGGAACCCGAGCAAUUAGGUUGGAUCCCAGUGCUCAAUUCGUGGCUGGACUCGAUCACAGUGGUGGAAGGCAGCAAGGACACCCCUUUCGGACCAUUUGAAAUCAACAGCGAGCAGCGAAACCUCAUCUACUUCCUGUUCUCGUGGCUUGUUGAGCCCUGCAUUGCGUUUGUUCGAAAAGAGCUGGUUGAGCUCUCCCCGACUGUGGAUACGAACCUGGUGCAGAGUCUUAUCCACAUCUUCGAGGCACAACUGUGUAAGCUUCCGAAAGACACAGCGUCGAAGAAAAAAGCCGCGAUUGAAGCGCUCUUCAUGUUUUCCCUUACGUGGUCUGUAGGUGAGAGUAUCAGCGCAGAAGGUAGAAUCAAGUUUUGCGACUUCGUACGCUCUAUCAUGGAGAAUAUUCAGUCGCUGGAGAGCAAAUACAUCGUUGUAAGUCGAGCACUUCAAGUUCGCAAGUGGGAGAAACCAGCCUUUGAAGACGGGAAAAAUACGUACACUCUAGCACUUCCAGUGCCUGCUAAAGGUAACUUACAUGACUACUACUUUAACAUCGAAGAGAACAAAUGGUUCAAGUGGGAAGAAAUGCUCAAGCCGUACGUUAUCCAGCCCAAUACGCCGUUCAAUCAGAUCGUCGUACCUACAAUCUUCACUGCUCAGUUGGAAUAUCUAGUGCAGCUUCUUGUGACGAACAAGAGGAAAGUAUUAGUUUGUGGUCCAACAGGAACAGGAAAAUCUUGUUAUAUGACCUCGAUUUUGAGUGAGGUACUACCACAAGACCAAAAUUCAGUCAUCAUGCUGUCAUUCUCGGCAAAAACGUCAGCUAAUAUGACGCAGAAUAUCAUUGACGGUAAGCUCGAUAAACGCCGUAAGGGAGUGUUCGGUCCACCAUUAGGCAAGAACGCUAUCGUUUUCGUCGAUGAUCUCAACAUGCCGCUGGUGGAAACGUAUGGUGCUCAACCACCGAUCGAAUUGGUCCGACAACUUAUCGAUAGCGAGGGAUACUACGAUCUCAAGGAAAUGUCCUGGCGUAAGAUUGUCGACACUAUUGUACUUGCGGCUAUGGGACCACCAGGUGGUGGAAGGAAUAACGUCACCCCUCGCUUGCUUCGCCACUUCAAUCUGCUGUGUAUUUCUGAAUUUGAUGAUGCUACACUAACUCGUAUCUUCACCACGAUUCUGGACUGGUACUUUGGUUCGAAUCCAUUUAUUCCGGAGGUUAAACGACUCUCAGAAGCCGUGGUUUCUGCCACUCUCGAGCUGUAUCAAUCCGCCAUGAUGUCGCUCCUUCCCACUCCUAAGAAGUCUCAUUAUACAUUCAAUCUACGAGAUUUCUCUCGAAUCGUCCAAGGAAUUAUGCUGGUAGUACCAAACGACCAGUUUAAUGCCAAUAGCUUAGUGAAGCUGUGGGUGCACGAAUCGCUUCGAGUGAUCGGUGACCGUUUGAUCGACGAUGAGGAUCGCGAGUGGUUCAAUGAAGUUCAGAAGAAAAUCACCAUUAAACACUUUGCAACAAAUUUCGACAAAGUUUUCGCAAGUCUCAAACGCGGUCGAGAAGGCCCCGUUACAGCUGUUGACAUGCGAAAUCUCUUCUUUGGGGACUAUAUUGAUCCUGAUGCAAGUCCGAGACUCUACAAGGAAGUGGACGUUCGUCUGGACUCUGAUUUUGACGGUAUUGCACAACUCAUUCAAUGUCUUGAUGGGUACUUGACGGAGUACAAUGGAGUCAGUCGAAAGCCAAUGAAUCUGGUCAUGUUCUUGUUCGCCAUUGAGCAUUUGUCCCGUAUUGUUCGCGUACUCAACAUGCCUGGUGGUAACGCACUUCUUGUCGGUGUGGGUGGCAGUGGACGGCAAAGUCUUACGCGGUUGUCUGCGUUUAUUGUCGACUUUGAGAUCAAGCAGAUCGAGAUCUCGAAGAAUUAUACGAUGAUCGAGUGGCGCGAAGACAUGAAAGAUGUCUUACGUAUGGCUGGCACUGGUGCAAGACCGCUGGUGUUCUUGUUCAGUGAUACCCAGAUCAAAUACGAUGGAUUCGUGGAGGAUAUCAAUAACAUGUUAAAUUCAGGAGAAAUCCCGAAUUUGUUCCCGUACGAUGAGCGUGUGGGUAUAUGUGAAGCUGUCCGUCCGCACGUCAAGGAAAAAUUCGGCAAAGCAGUGGGGGACAAUAUGAAUCAAACACAACUGUACGCGUUUUUCCUACAGCGCGUGCGUAGUAACUUGCACAUUGUACUGGCGUGUUCCCCUAUCGGCGAUGCCUUUAGAGACCGACUGCGGAAGUUCCCUUCACUUAUUAACUGCUGUACCAUUGACUGGUUCACUGCGUGGCCGUCUGAUGCUCUCGUGGCUGUGGCUGAGAAAUUCUUAGCUGAUGUCGAAAUGGAUAGCGCAAAUGUCCGCAAAGCCAUUGUAGACACUUGUCAAUAUUUCCACGUGAGCGUGAUGGAGCUUUCAGAUAAAUUCUUGAAGAAUCUGCGGCGUCAGAACUACGUGACACCAACGUCGUAUCUUGAGCUUAUCGUGGCGUUCAAGGGUUUCCUUGCACGUCGACGCGAAGCUGUACAAGGCGCACGUAAUCGGUACGUUGUUGGUUUGGAGAAGAUCAACUUUGCAGAAAACAAUGUGGCGGUGAUGCGGAAAGAGUUGGAAGACUUGCAGCCAGUACUUGAUCAGUCGAAGAAAGACACAGAUAUUCUGAUGGAGGAGAUCAAAGCGAAGCUCCCUGGAGUCGAAGUACAACGUAGUGAAGUCCAAGCUGACGUUGCGGUGGCUGACGCUUCUAAAGCGGAGUGUGAACAGCAGAAGGCUAGUGUCGAGGCAGAUUUAGCGGAAGCCAUUCCAGCAUUGGAAGAGGCUCUAAAGGCUCUGGAUACUAUCAAACCAAGUGAGAUCAACGAAGUAAAAGCAAUGAGUAACCCGCCUGCAGGCGUGAAGCUCGUGUGUGAAGGUGUCUGCGUCAUGCUUGGCAUUAAACCAGCUCGUAUUCCAGACCCACAAGACCCGUCAAAGCGUAUCAUGGACUACUGGGGUCCUUCACAGAAAAUGCUGAGUGACCCGACUUUUAUCACGACGCUCAAGAAAUUCGACAAGGACAAUCUUGAUCCUAAAACCAUGAAAAUUGUUGUCAGUAAGUAUAUCGCUGACGAGAAUUUUAGUCCAGAAAAGGCAGAGAAGGCCUCGAAAGCAGCCGCAGGGCUGUGUAAAUGGGUCCACGCGAUGGCUUUGUAUGAUAACGUCUCCAAGGUUGUUGCACCUAAACGUGAGGCACUAAGAGUAGCCGAAGCACAACUCGCCGAAGUGAUGCAAAAGCUUAACGAAAAAUUGUCCCAGUUGAAACAAGUGGAGGACGGUUUAGCAGAAUUGCAGCGGCAAUUUGACUUUGCGACUAAGCAAAAGGAAAAUCUUGAGUACCAGGUGGAUCUUACAGGUAAAAAGCUCGUCCGAGCGUCGACGUUGAUUGAAAGUCUUGGAGGUGAGAAGACCCGUUGGACAGAGUUUGCGGAACAGCUAGCGGUUCAAUACAGCAGAUUGACAGGAGACGUGCUGGUAUCGGCCGGAGUGGUGGCGUAUCUCGGGCCGUUUACGUCGUUAUACCGACACGAUGCCGUGCACGACUGGGUGGCACGUUGCAAGCAGCUUGAUAUUCCUUGCAGCGAUUUCCCAUCUCUCAAUGGGUCACUUGGUGACGCUGUUCAAAUUCGAAAGUGGAAUAUCGACGGACUCCCGACUGACGGCUUCUCUGUUGAUAACGGUAUCAUCGUCUUCAAUUCACGUCGAUGGCCUCUAAUGAUUGAUCCACAGGGCCAAGCCAAUAAGUGGAUUCGUAACAUGGAGAAAGAUAACCAAAUGACGGUGAUUAAACUCACAGAUACCGACUACAUGCGAACGCUCGAAAAUUCGGUACAGUUUGGCACUCCAGUAUUACUGGAAAAUGUCGGUGAAGAACUUGAUCCAUCACUCGAGCCAUUGCUACUAAAGCAGACGUUCAAGCAGGGUGGGGUGACAUGUAUCCGACUGGGUGAUUCGACUGUUGAAUACGCCGAAAGUUUCCGUUUCUACAUUACGACCAAGUAUCGUAACCCACACUAUUUGCCAGAGGUGUCGGUGAAGGUGACGCUUUUAAACUUUAUGAUCACACCACAUGGUCUGGAAGAUCAACUUUUGGGUAUCGUCGUUGCUCAAGAGCGACCAGAUCUGGAAGAACAGAAGAACAAAUUGAUUGUUCAGAAUGCACGAAACAAGGGACUACUCAAGGAAAUUGAAGACAAGAUUUUGAACAUUUUGUCGUCAUCACAAGGAAAUAUUCUCGAGGACGAAGAUGCCAUCAACACAAUGAACCAGAGUAAACAAGUCGCAGAUGAGAUCAAAAAAGAGCAACAAGUUGCCGAAAAGACCGAAUUGGAGAUCGAUACAGUUAGACAAGGCUACAAACCUGUGGCUUAUUCAAGUCAAGUGUUAUUCUUCUGCAUCGACCAACUUGCGAACAUUGAGCCAGUCUAUCAGUACUCGCUCUCCUGGUUCAUCAACUUGUUCAUCGCCAGCAUUCAGAACAGCGAUCGAUCACCAGAUCUCACUCAGCGUCUGCUCAACCUUGACGCUCAUUUCACUUACUCACUUUAUCGCAAUAUCUGCCGCUCCUUGUUGGAGAAAGAUAAGCUCAUGUUCUCCUUCCUGCUGUGUAUCUCCAUCAAACAAGGGAAGCACGACAUUGAGAGCAGUGAAUGGUAUUUCUUGCUCACUGGAGGUGUAGCUCUCUCGGAACCGCCUCCAAAUCCAGCAAAGCUUUGGCUGAGUGACAAACAGUGGGCAGAAUUCUCACGACUGAGCGCUCUACCUGCUUUCCAAGGCAUCAUCGAGGACUUCAUCGAUAACGAAGACCAAUGGAAGGCUGUGUACGAUAGCCCUGUCGGUCAUACCCUUCUUUUCCCUGGUGUGUUGGGGAAAGUUAGUGAGUUUCGUCGACUCCUGGGUCUACGAUGUAUCCGUCCUGACCUUCUCGUCGUUGGAAUCCAGCAGUUCUUAGUCAAAGAAAUGGGUGAAAAGUUCGUCAAGCCUCCUCAAUUCGAUUUGGCGCUCUCUUACUCGGACAGUAGCGUGUCGUCGCCUUUGGUGUUUAUCUUGUCUCCAGGAUCCGAUCCGAUCAGCUCAGUGCUUAAGUUUGCAGACUCACUUCGACAGAAGGCAGAGACGAUUUCACUUGGUCAAGGUCAAGGUCCCAUUGCUGAACGGAUGAUCGUACGUGCUCGUGAAGCUGGUUCGUGGGUUGUGUUGCAGAAUUGCCACUUAGCGCCAAGUUGGAUGCCUGUGAUGGAGAAGAUCGCUGAAGAUAUCAAGCUCGACAACACACACCCAGAUUUCCGACUGUGGUGCACUACGUACCCGUCCGAUGUUUUCCCUGCUGCAGUGCUGCAAAAUGGUGUUAAGAUGACAAACGAACCUCCGCAAGGUCUUCGUGCAAACCUCAUGGGCUCGUACAUGUCCGACCCGAUAGGUGAGAAAGGGUUCCUGGAAUCGGUGGUCAAAGGCACGGAGUUCCGUGUACUGCUUUAUUCGCUGUGCUUUUUUCACGCUUUGGUGCGUGAGCGCCGUCAAUUUGGUCCUUUGGGCUGGAACAUUCAGUAUGAAUUCAACGAGUCCGACCUGAGUAUCAGUAUUCGUCAAUUGGCCAUGUUUAUUGAUGAGAACGUUCAAUUACCACUGCGCGCUUUGAAUUAUUGCACCGGAGAGUGUAAUUACGGUGGACGUGUGACGGAUGACAAGGAUCGACGUACACUCAUGUCUGUUCUGGGUAAAUUCUACUGCUUGGACGUGUUCAAAGAGGACUAUGCGUUCGAUGAGCAAGGAUUAUACACGAUACCACCUGAUGGCGAGUACGAAUCGUACCUAAAAUUCAUUGAAGGUUUGCCUUUAGUGGCUCCUCCUGGAGUAUUUGGACUGCACGAUAACGCUACGAUCACUAAAGACCAAAAUGCAACAGCCAAGCUUUGUCGCGAUGUGCUACUUACUCAAAGUUCGGGUGGUGGGAGUGAAGGUAGUAGCGGAUCAUCCCAAGAAGAACUCGUCGAAGUUGUGGCAAAUGAUAUUUUAUCACGUUUACCGCCGAACUUUGAUAUGGAAGUUGCGCAAAUUCGAUACCCAGUGCGAUGGGACGAGUCCAUGAACACGGUGCUCUGCCAAGAACUGGUACGCUUCAACAACCUAAUGUCAACUAUCCGGUCGAGUCUUGAGAGUUUGCAAAAGGCGCUGAAGGGCCUCGUGGUCAUGUCGGCUGAGCUUGAAAAUGUGUCCAAGAGCUUGUUUUAUGGCAAAAUUCCAGCGCUGUGGGCGUCCAAGUCGUAUCCUUCGCUGAAGCCACUUGGUAGCUACGUGACGGACUUGUUGGAGCGCAUUGCGUUCUUCAACAAGUGGCUGUUGGAAAAGCCUCCGGUCGUGUUUUGGAUCUCGGGUUUCUUUUUCACACAAGCGUUCUUGACUGGUGCCAGCCAGAACUAUGCCCGGAAAUAUACUCUGCCAAUUGAUCAAUUGGGGUUCGACCACGAACCGAUGCCAAGGAAUGACUACGCGCAACCACCAAAGGACGGCGUGUAUGUGCGCGGGUUGUUCCUUGAAGGUGCGAAAUGGGAUAAAUCAACGCACGAAUUGGGGGAAUCAGAUCCAAAGGUACUGUUUUCUCUGGCACCGGUGCUAUUAUUCCAACCGGUAAAGAAGACCGAAAUGAGUAAACGCAGCUCGUACUCGUGUCCAGUCUACAAAACAAGCGAGCGACGAGGUACACUAUCAACUACGGGCCACUCGACGAACUUCAUCUGCUUCAUCCGCUUGCCAACAAGCAGACCGGAGGCACAUUGGGUCGCACGUGGCGUGGCCAUGCUGUCCCAAUUGGAUGACUAGAUAAUAGGAGAGGGCUAUGAAGAUCUUAGUGCACGUAUACAUCAUUACACGGACUACUCUAAAUACAUUGCAAACUUGCUGACAGAAUUUCUCGCC